UAGAAGAGCGGCGGCAGCCCCACCAUCCGUACACGGGCCCCGGGGAGCUUCCAGCUGAUGAGGGAAUGGGAACCGAUGGAUCUCUCAGACAGAGCUGAGCUCCAGCUGUCUAAAUGCAAAGAUCGGGAACUCGGAGAAAGGGAACAAAAUCUUUUACAUCAGCUGUUGAGAAAAUCACCUUUGUUCUGCCUCCAGUCACAAACAAGAGAAAAUCUGCAGAGAGGGCACAGUUUUAAGGUGCUUGGAAGCAGGUUAAAACGGACAAGGAAUUUGUCUCCAGGAAUCUCGAACACAACACGCCAGUUUUGCUGUCUCUGUCCAGGUAUUUAAGAAGUGGAGCAAGGGAUUCACUCGAUCAUCCUUCCUGCUCAGACUGUGGGGAGGGAUUCACUCAGUCAUUUCAACUGAAGAUAUAUCAGCAAGUUCACACCGGACAAGGCCAUUCAUUUGUUCUGUGUGUGAGAAGGCAUUCAGUCGGUCAUCCCACCUGUGGACACACCAGUCAGUUCACCCGGGGCAGAGGCCGGUCAUCUGCUGAAUUUGUGGGGAAGGAUUCACUCGGCCAUCUUAUCUAAUGGCUCACCAGCGAGAUCACACCGGGGAGCGGCCGUUCACCUGCUUGGACUGCGGGAAGGGAUUCAUUAACUCAUCUGACCUACUGAGACACCAGUCAGUUCACACUGGGGAGCGGCUGUUCACCUGCUUGGACUGUGGGAAGAGAUUCACUUGCUCAUCCCACCUGAAGGUUCAUCAGCGGGUUCACACUGGAGAGAGGCCAUUCACCUGCUCAGACUGUGGAAAAGGAUUCAGUUGCUCAUCCCAACUGAAGGUACAUCAGCGAGUUCACACUGGGGAGAGGCCAUUCACCUGCUCAAACUGUGGGAAGGGAUUCACUUCGUCAUGUGUCCUACACAGACACAAGCGAGUUCACACUGGGGAGAGGCCGUUCACCUGCUCAGUGUGUGGGAAGGGAUUCAUUCGAUCAUCUGACCUACAAGCACACUCAUCUUUUCACACUGGGGAGAGGCCGUUCAUCUGCUCCGACUGUGGGAAGGCAUUCACUUGCUCAUCCCAUCUGAAGGUUCAUCAGCGCGUUCACACUGGAGACAGGCCGUUCACCUGCUCAGACUGUGGGAAGGGAUUCACUUCGUCAUCUGAACUGAAGGUACAUCAGCGAGUUCACACUGGGGAGAGGCCAUUCACCUGCUCAGACUGUGGGAAGGGAUUCACUGUGUCAUCUCAACUGAAGAUACAUCAGCGAGUUCACACUGGGGAGAGGCCGUUCACCUGCUCAGACUGUGGGAAGGGAUUCACUUCGUCACUUGUCCUACAGAGACACCUGCGAGUUCACACUGGGGAGAGGCCAUUCAGCUGCUCUGACUGCGGGAAGAGAUUCCGUUGCUCAUCCCAACUGAAGGUUCAUCAGCGAGUUCACACUGGAGAGAGGCCAUUCACCUGCUCAGACUGUGGGAAGGGAUUCACUUCGUCAUGUGUCCUACUCAGACACCAGCGAGUUCACACUGGGGAGAGGCCGUUCACCUGCUCAGUGUGUGGGAAGGGAUUCAUUCGAUCAUCCCACCUACAAGCGCACUGGUCUAUUCACACGGGGAAGAGGCCAUUCACCUGCUCCAACUGCUUGAAGGGAUUCACUUGCUCAUCCCACCUGAAGGUUCAUCAGCGAGUUCACACUGGAGAGUGGCCAUUCACCUGCUCAGACUGUGGAAAGGGAUUCACUUGGUCAUCCCAACUGAAGGUACAUCAGCGAGUUCACACUGGGGAGAGGCCGUUCACCUGCUCAGUGUGUGGGAAGGGAUUCACUCAGUCAUCCAGCCUACAGAAACACCAGCGAGCUCACACUGGGUAGAGGCUGAUCACCUGCUCAGACUUUGGGAAGAGAUUCUCUCAGCCAUCUCCGCCGAAUGUGCAUCAUUGAGUUCACACUGGGGAGAGGCCGUUCACCUGCUGGGAAUGUGGGAAGCGAUUCACUCAGUAUUCUAACCUUAUGUAAUUCUCACUUCAGCUAGCAGCUUAAUAUAGAGGGUGGUAGUCCCCCAGUCCGGCCAAACUUGUUUGGGUGGAUGCUACACGAUGUGUCCCCUGUUACAAAUUAGUACCCUCAAAUAACAAACAAUACACAAUAUGUGAUUAAACGAUUGGGCUUUAUAGUUCUUUCUUUGACUAUAGGGUUAGUAAAGAAAAAAUAACGAAGAAAGGCCCAGUCUCUCCAUUCAUGUCUUCUCAUCUCUCCCUGGCAAAAGACCGCAAAAAUCUCUCUUUCAGACUCACAAGAAGAACAACAUUUCUGUCAUUGGAUAGCCCUGCGUUCAAAAACCCUGUUAUCUCUAGUCGUAACCUAAACAUUGCUGCUCUAGAGAAAACAUUACCUCAGCAGUGAAGGGGAAUAGACAGAAAGAGCAGAGCACCCCUGUGGCCAUUCCCAUCAACAAUGUGUGUACCAUUUUGGAUACUGGCCUUUAUAGAUCAGAGCAUUGAGUCUAGGAGUUGGGAUGUAAUGUUAAAAUUGUACAAGGCAUUGGUAAGGCCAAAUUUGGAGUAUUGUGUACAGUUCUGGUCACCGGGGACGACCUGCCAGGGACAAGUUGUAGUGGUUGUGUGUCUGGCACCGAGACUGGACCCUCAGCCUCAGAAAGGAAGGAGGGAAAAGAGGAGAGCAGUAGUGACAGGGGAUUUGAUAGUUAAGGGGACAGAUAAGAGGUUCUGUGGGAAAGAUGGAGAAUCCCAGAUGGUCUGUUGCCUCCCUGGUUCCAGGGUCCACAAUAUCUCAGAUCGAGUUCUCGGUAUUCUCAGCAGAGAGGGUGAGCAGCCAGAUGUUGUGGUCCAUGUGGGGACCAAUGACAUAGAUGGGAGUAGGGAUGAGACCCUGAAGAAGGAAUAUUGGGAGUUAGGGGAAAAAAGUUAAAAAGUAGGACCUCAAGGGUGGUAAUCUCAGGAUUGCUGCCUGUGCCACGAAACAGAGAGGGUAGGAACAGGAAGUCAUGGCAGUUGAAUGCCUGGCUGAAGAGUUGGUGCAGGGGGAAGGGGUUCAGAUUUCUGGAUCAUUGGGAUCUCUUCUGGGGAAGGUCUGACCUGUACAACAAGGACGGGCUGCAACUGAACUGGAAAGGGACCUAUAUCCUGGCGGAAGGUUUGCUAGAGCUGUUGGGGAGGGUUUAAACUAGUUUGGCAGGGGGGUGGGAAUCAGAAUGUGAGUGCAGGGAUUAGGGUAGAAGGACAAGGGCAUGAUGCUAUGUGUUCUGAGUUGGUGAGGAAGGACAGGCAGGGGACAAAACAUAAAUGUAGCCAGUUAGAGGGGUUGAAAUAUGUCUAUUUGAACACUAGGAGUAUUAGGAAUAAAGGGGAUGAACUUGGAGCAUGGAUCAGUACGUGGAACUACGAUGUUGUGGCCGUUACUGAAACUUGGCUGUAGGAAGGGAAGGAUUGGCUGAUGCAGGUACUGGGGUUUAGGUGUUUUAAAAGGAAUAGGAUGGGAGGUAGAAAAGGGAGCGAGUAGCAUUAUUGGUCAGGGAUAGUAUCACGGCUGUAGGAAGGGAGGACACUGCAGAUGGAGUGUCCACUGAGUCAGUGUGAGUGGAAGUCAGAAAUAGGAAGGGAUCAAUCACUGUGCUGGGAGUAGUCUAUAGGCCCCCAAAUAGCCCUCGGGACACCGAGGAGCAGAUAAGCAGGCAGAUUUUAGAAUGGUGCAGGAAAUACAGGGUUGUAGUUAUGGGUGAUUUCAACUUCCCUCAUAUUGACUGGCACCUCCUGACUGCAAGGGGGAUAGAUGGGGCUGAAUUUGUCAGGUGUAUUCAAGAAGGAUUCCUGACACAGUAUGUGGACCGUUCGACGAGAGGAGAGGCCGUACUGGAUCUAGUUCUCGGUAAUGAACCUGGUCAGGUGGCAGACCUCUUGGUGGGGGAGCAUUUUGGUGAGAGUGACCAAAACUCCCUUAGCUUCAGCAUAGCUAUGGAAAAGGAUAGAAACAGACAAAAUGGGAAAGUGCUUAACUGGGGAAGGGCUAAAUAUGAAGGGGUGAGGCAGGAACUAGCGAGAGUAAAUUGGAAACGGGUGUUCAAAGCUGAAAGCACAGAAGUAAUGUGGAGGAAGUUUAGGGACCACUUGUGCUGGGUUCAGGAUAGGUUUGUCCCACUGAGGCAAGGAAAAAAUGGUAGGAAAAGGGAACCGUGGCUGACAAAACACGUGAGGCAACUCGUCAAGCGGAAGAUGGAAGCAUAUGUUAGAUAUAGGAAGCAGUCAGAGCCCUGUUGGUCGCUUUUCGAUUGUUCCUACCCUGUUUACUUAAUUGUCUCCUACCAGUCUUUUUUUUUUGAAACAUUAUAAUACUUCAAUACUGCUUUACUGUGGCUGGGAAAAGAACCAAAGCGUUUGCGAAAGAAAGAGAAACAGAAGAUUAAUCCCCAGUCACUUUGCAUUCAAUCAGUGACUUCCUUAAAUGGCAAAAGUAGGAAUUCUCUGAGGAGUUUCAAUGGAUCAACGGCAAAUUGGAUACAAUUCAACAAACUUUAUUUCAGCAUGAGAACCAAAUUCAGGAGAAUACUGCGAGGCAUUUUGUCUUUUGUUUUUUUUUGAUACUGCUUUAUUUUAUCCCUUUUGGAGGCUUUAUUUUAAUACAGCUUUCUUUGAAUUUGUUUGAAGUGAUCCUUUCAUAUUUUCAAACUGAGUUACUUUACUUUUUAUGCUGUGUCUUGGUAGGGACAUAAUGACCUUGCAGGACGGGAGUUUUUUUUCUGUCAGUAGGAUUUUUUGGGGCCGGUACUUAGUUCUCAGCUCGCUGACUGUCCAUUGGUCAGCUUUCUCGCUUUGGGUAGGGGAGAGGGUAGGGUCUAUUUCUCUCUGGGAGCUCUGUGGGUUGAAUGUAUGAUUGUUUGUUUGAAUACCUUACUUUAUGAUUUGCUUUCUACUUUUAAUAACUUAUGGCCAGACCGCUUAAUUACAUGUUGAUUGGUAUUUCAAAUGGUUCGAAAUAUUAACCUGUUUAGUUUGAAUGUGAAAGGGCUGAAUCACCCCACCAAAAGGAACAAAGUGUUUGCUUAUAUUAAAAAAAAAGCACCCAUUAUUUUUUUUACAAGAAACACACAUACACAGCUGUGAUACCUUACGUUUUUUUUUACUGGGUGGAAGGAUAUUCAAUUCCACUCUUUGUUUAAUGCAAAAUCACAUGGAGUUUCAAUUUUUGUAGAUAAUACAGUUUCCUUUAUUCAGCAUAAAGUUGGUUUGGACCCUAAUGGUUGAUUUGUUAUUGUAUCAGGGAGUUUAGACAGUAAGUUGAUUGUUUUUGCAAAUGUAUAUGCCCCCAACAUAGAUGAUCCAGGAUUUUUUGAACGUCUAUUUUCAUUUUUGCCAGAUUUGUGUACUUACGCCCUUGUGAUGGGAGGAGAUUUUAACUGCUGGUUAGAUCCAGUAUUAGAUCGGUCAUCUGUUAAACCAGCCACACUUAAUAAAUCAGCUUUGUUUAUCCAAUCUUUUCUAACUGAAUGUGGUAUAGUUGAUGCUUGGCGAUUGUCUUCAUCUGACGGACAGGGAGUAUUCUUUUUUUCUCUCAUGUCUAUCAUUCUUAUACCGGGAUUGACACUUUUUUAUUGAUAGUCAAAUGAUUCCAUUAGUUCGAUCAAUUGAAUAUAAAGAGAUUGCUAUCUCUGACCACUCUGCUGUAAUUCUAUCUUGAAAUCUUCCUGGUCCUAUCCCCAUGAGUAGAUUUUGGUGAUUUAAUUUAACUCUGUUAUCCGAUGAGGAUUUUAAAAAAUUUAUGGAGAAUCAAAUUACUCUUUAUUUUUGAAGAAAAUAUGUUGGAAGAGAAGUCUAGCCUUAUUAUAUGGGAUACUUUUAAAGCAUACAUCCGGGGUCAAAUUAUUUCUUAUACUGCAAACAUCGUUAAAAAAGCUAACAAAGAAUGAAAUGAAUUAGCCAAUCAGUUAAAGCAACUGGACCAUAAAUAUGCUUCUGUACCUGAUCCUGAAACAUAUAAGAGACGUAUUGAAACUAAAACUAAAUAUGAUCUUCUUUUAAUGUAUCCAAUUGAAAGCCAACUUUUAAAAGAUAGAAGUCAACUUUAUAUUCACGGAGCUAAAACUGGUAAGCUACUGGCUAAUUAGUUGAAGCCAUUUUCAGCCAAGCGGCAAAUUAAAGAAAUACGUAAAAUUAACGGGGACAUGACAACUGACCACCUUGAAAUUAAUGACACUUUUAGGGAAUUCUAAAUUGUAUAGUCUGGCUCUGUUAAUGAUAAUAUUGCAAUGAAUAAUUUUUAGAUCAAGUAAAUAUUCCUAAUCUUUCAUUAGAUGAUCAUAGGCAAUUGGAUCAACCUAUUUCCCAGGAGGAAAGUGCUCAGGCUAUUUGAGAAUUGCACUCUGGCACAUCCCGAGGACCCGGUGAAUUCUCUGGAGAGUUUUGUAAGGCUUUUCUUGUUGCUUAUACCACACUA